AUGGGGAAGUCACAGAAGAAACGAGCGAUGCGAAGGCACAAUCCUAUGCGAGUACCAGACUCACAUCUCCCAAAAGGGCUAGAUUCCGCUGCUGCUUCAUCCUCCAAGAAGGAGGUGAUCCUGCCAAUCAUCCAGAAGCUGGAGAGCGUCGAUGGUGCAGAACGUCAUUGGGCUUGCGUAGCUGUCUCCAACCUCAUUCAAAACGACCCAUCCACACGGCGUCUGCUUCAGGGCAAAAACGUAGUGGGAGCACUAAUAAAUAGGCUGACUGACAGCGAGGAGGAAGUAUGGAUCGAGGCAGCUGGGGCUCUCCGAAACUUAUGCAUUGACGGUGGUUAUGACAUCUGUGCAGAGAUGUACAACAAGAAUAUAUUGUCUCCACUUCAGGCUUUUAUACCCAAAAUCUCAGCAGCGCUUUCGCAAUUUAUAGAAUCGCCCAAGACCGCACCAGAGAACGCACGAAAAGUAGUAUAUGAGUUUGCUAAUAAUGUCAUAACCAUUCUUUGGUGUCUUUCGGAAACAUCCAACAAGGCAUUGAACGCUAUAAACCAGAUUGGCCUCGUACCUUUCCUUAUGGCCUUUAUGGCUUGCCGGGACAAGCUCCCUUUGUCUACGGUCACCUCUGCAGCGCAAUGCCUUUAUGUGCUCAGUGACGAUAAUCGUCCGGUUAUUGAGGGAAUAAGGUCGAAUGCCGCAUAUGUGGCCAGUCUUAUGGACGUCAUAUGCACCAAUAACGAUACGAACGGAAAAGAUAAGGUUGUGGAUGACAAGGCAGUAACCCUCGCUGUUCUCGUCUGCGGCAUAUUGGAGAAUGUAUCGCCUUUCCCUUCUCAGAGUGCCUUAUCCACCGUGGAUCUUCACAAGGACGUUGUUCUACCAGUCAUUCAACCCGUCAUUUCCCCCGUCUCCCUGCCCGCCAUAUCUGACCGUGUUCGCCAACUGUCAAUGGAACAGGCGUCGGAACCACCUCAGAUAGACAAACUUUCAAUCAAACAUGCUCCAAAAUCUGAUCAUCGCUCGCCCAUCGAGAUCGAACUUCUAAAACUUGAAAAUCAACUCCGCACUGUCUUACUUUCGCUUGAGGUGCUCACAGGCAUAUGCGCAAUGCUGCCCGAAACGGAAACGGAUGAAGCAGACGCCGACGGUGAAACUGGUGAAGAUGAAGGUGGGUAUCUUUCUUUGCAUCGCCUUCGCGUUUCCUGGCUGGACGAAGACGGAGCUGAUCUAGACGACGCUUCGGAUGAAGAGAUGGUGGUGGAAGAUGGGUUUUCAGGUGAAAGACCAGCGCCCUCACAGUCGACCAGAAUACUUCCUUCUCUCGUGGAGCCAUUGCUAGCUCUCGUCCGGCCGACAGAUUUGUCAUUCCCUCCUGCUGCCGAACAGUCACCACAUCCCCCAACAACUUCAGCGCUCGGUGGAAUCCAUGUCUGUGCCCUCGAAUGCCUCAACAACAUAUUUCUUUCUCUCAGUGCAUCUCCUCACCCAGAGCUCAGCGCGGACACCCAGAGUGGCCAGAAGUUAUGGGAUGAGAUGUGGACAUCACUCAAUUUAGUGGGAACAAACAUAGGCAGGGGUCAAGAACGCAAGAAGGAUGUUUGGGAGAUAGCAAUUGGUGUACUGUGGGGCAUUGGAAAUAUCUGGAAAGGCAGUCUGGCCCCGGUCGAAGACCAGGUAAACGUGCUCAUCCAGUACUGUAACUCAGCAUCAGACCCAAUACUACGGGUUAAAUGCCUCGGGACAUUAGAAUGUCUGGCGCAGCACCCGGAUUCAAUAGAUGGGAACAGAGCAAUCGCCAACUAUCUUCUCUCUGUGCUUCCAACCACAACCGAACCUUCGUCAUGGGGCACGGAACCGCUCAUCCAAGCGGUGUCGGCUUUGAUAGACAUAUUCUCUGACGAGGAUAAGCCUUACGAUGUCAACUUCCGCCAAGGGCAUUUCGAGAACCGACUCAGCGAGUGUGUGGAGGGUGUUCGGAAGACGGUUCGCGCUAUAGACAGGCGCAAAGAACGAGAGCUGAAGGUCAGAGGAGAGGAAGUGAGAGAUAACCUCGUGGCUUUCAUCAAGUAUCGCAGGAGGCUGAAGCUGAAUGCGUGA